AUGGCCGACAAGGAUUUCUCUGCCCGUGAGACGGAGAUCAUGGCGAAGGCGUGGAACUGCAUGGUCGAGGAGCCCAAGGUAUCGUCUACUCUGCCAAGUCUCAGACCACCAGUCGACUACGAGAAGCUCGCCAAGGCCUGCGGCAUGACGAACCCGCGCUCGGCCACCAAUGCAUGGCGUGCAAUUAAGACCAAAAUCAUGGCCAGAGGCGGCAUCACCAAGACUACGGGCAAAGGCGAGGACGCCGAUGGUGAGGGCGGCGAGACUCCGGUCAACCCUACGCCCAAAAAGCGUGGUAAGGGUAAGACGGACGCUGAUGGUGAUGGGGAGAGUCCUACCAAGAAGGCGAAGGGUAGUGCCAAGGGCAAGAAGAAAAGUGAGGAGGUUGUUGGGGAGGCCGAUGACGACGAGGAUGGCGAAGGCGGCAAGGUUGUCAAGGGCGAGCCGGAGGUGGACGGUGAUGAUGAUUUCAACUAA